AGGGCUUUUUAAAAUUAUUCAGUGAUAACAUCACAUCAGCAAGUACUGUACAGGAUGCGACUGUUCUAAUUGUUCAAACAUCAAAGAGUCACAAAGCAUUAUCAACUCUGAAACUGUUUCAUUGCCUGCUUGGCCGGAAAGUAACAAUUGUCAGCUAUGAAUGGGUAAAGAUGUGCUUACAAAAAGCAAGUCUGCUGCCAAUGGAGAAAUUCUGUGUAAGAGAGAGUGAAAGUUUUGGCCAGUGGUGCGCAACUGAAACUUACACACCUUUUGAAUACCAGAUAUAUGGCGAAGACUUCAUAGACAUUACAAAAGAUAAAGUUAAACUUUUGCUGACCAAGAUUGGAGGAACAGAGAUUGUAGAUAGAUCUUCAAAAACCAUUACUAUAUGUGCAGAUGGAGAACUUUGUCCCUUUGAAAGAAGUGUGCACAAGGAGUGGAUUUUUAGAUGUAUUAUAGAAGGCAGAGUAUUAAGUACAGAUUUUCAAAAUUAUGACUCAAGUGACAAUGACUCUGAUAAUGGUUCAACUGUUGUAAGUGUUAAGGACCUUCGUGCAUUGAAAACAAUACAGGUUCAGACCUCCGGAUCAAAAUCUGGAAAAAGGUCACAAAAGAUGCAGUGUGUACUGUGGUAAUUUUUACACAAAGUUGCCUAGACACUUGGAAAACUUACACUCUGAAGAGUUGGAAGUUCAGGGCACUAGACAACUUUUGGGGACAGGUACCCAUACCCUCAGGAAGGGGAAUUUUUCGACAUUUUAAGACGAAAAGGGGAAGUUGAAGCCAUGUAUAUGUAAAUACUUUUCACACUUAUUAAUACUGUUUUCAGUUAUUCCUAACUGAUGUGACUAUACUGCAACAGUAAUCUUCCUUAGAGGCACUGUAUAAUAUUAAAAGAAAGAGCUCAUAUCUAUUUGUGCCAAACAACCUAUCAUCAGGGGAAUUUUUUUCUGAGAAAGUGGAAAAAACAUAUUAUUUUAGGAGGGGAAUGGUACCCAUAUUCGGCCCCAAAAAUGGCCAAACGAGUGCCCUGAAGUUGCAAAAGCACUUAGCCUACCAAAGAAGUCAGAGGGAAGGAAAAGUGCAUGGGCUAACUUGGCUGCAAAAGGAAACUUCGCUCACAACUGCAAGGUGAUUGAAAAGAGAACUGGUGUUCUUAUUCCAAAAUACCGUCCUACUGAACAACAAAUUACAAAGAAAUAUCUGCCUUGUGAAUAUUGUAGAGCUUACUUUGUUUCUACAGAUUUAUGGAAACACCACAAGUCUUGUCCUUCAAAAGAAGCUGGAGUCAAAAGUGAUGCACCUGUACAAAAUGUGCGUUUGCUUGUGCCACUCCCUAUUACAUGUUCAGAGGAAUUGAAUACAUCAGUGCUGGCAAAAUUCAAGGAUGAUAUUAUUGCUAUGAAGGUGAAAUCUGAUCCUUUGAUAUUAGCAUUGGGACAACGGAAAUUUGAUAAAACAGGACAAUAUCCUCACACACACCAGUACAUAGCGCAGAAGUUGAGAGAAUUAGCACGGUUUGUAAUUGCUUUACAGAAAAUUGACAGUUCCAUUAAAACUUUGUCAGAUUGCUUUUCAGCCAAGCAUUGGGAGACCGUUAUAAGCGCAGUGAAAGAUUUGGCUUUGUUUGAUAAUGCAAGUAAGUUUUUCUCUAAACCAACUCUAGCCAAGAAAAUAGGACAUAGUUUAAAGAAUUGUGCAAAAAUGUUCGGGAACAAUGCUUUGAAGACAGGGGAUAGAGCAUUGAAGGAGAGAGCAGAUGGGUUUAUUGAACUUUAUGAAGAAGAAUGGAAAGACCGAAUUACAAGCCAAGCCCUUGAGUCAUUGGAGCAGGCAAAGUACAAUCGAGUAAGAUACCUUCCGCUGGUUGAAGAUGUAGUGAAACUCUCAAAAUUCAUAGACAAUCAAAUUGAAGAUAUCUGUAAAGAAAAAAUAGGAAAUAAGGAACACUUUUCAAGACUAGCUUGCCUAUGCUUAACACAGAUUAUUGUGUUUAACAGGAAGCGUUCUGGUGAAGUAGAGCGUUUGAAAAAAGUUUCUGUCUCAAAUGCUAUGAAACAGCCUUCAUUGGUUGAUGAAGAUGUGAAAAAAUGCUUAUCCAGAUUUGAACAGAAAUUGUGUGAAAACCAUUGUAGGAUAGAAACCAGGGGCAAAAAGGGUCGGAGGGUUGCAAUACUUCUUACCAGGAAAAUGAAACAGAACUUAGGCAUUUUGAUGGCAAUGCAUGCAGAACUUGAACUUGAUACAGAAUAUAUAUUCCAGAAGCCAAACACUUCCUUCCCAAUCAGAGGUACCAGAGCCUUAAGACAAUUAGCGGAUGAAGCUGACCUCAAACAUGCUGACAGGAUUACCUCGACAACAUUAAGGAAGCAGUUGGCUACCAUGUCUCAGGUUCUAGAUCUUAGUGAGUCAAGCCAAGAUAUUCUUGCUCAGUUUAUGGGCCAGGAUAUCAGAAUCCACAGAGAUUUCUACAGGCUUCCACAGAGUACACUCGAAAUCGCUAAAGUAUCCAAAGUUCUCCAUGCAAUGAACACAGACAUGAUAGAAACAGUUGCUGGGAAGGACCUAGACGAUAUAGAUGCUAUGGACCAUUUAGAAAUUGAACAAGAGAGUGACACUGAAGAUGGCACAGAUGAUAUUGAUGAUGGUGCUACAUGUACAAACAUCAGAUCCUGUCCAAAGAAAAAAUGUGGACAUCAGCCAGAUGAUGAUGCUGCUGAUGAUGAUGAUGAUGAUAAUGGUUCUGAAACUGAUGAUGAAGGUUCUGAAAAUGAGGAAUAUUUGCCUCCAACAAAGAAAAAGAAGUUUGGCUUGAAAAAUCAAAACAAACAAAUGGGGAAAAAGACACCCUGGAGUUGGAAUGAAAGGCAAGUUGUUGAAAAGGAGAUGAAACUAUUCUUUGAUUUACAAAAGUUGCCAGGGAAACAUGACUGCCAAGAACUCAUUAAAAAGCAUGAUGUCCUGAAAAGACGGUCUUGGACAAUGGUGAAAGGAUAUGUACGAAACAGAAUUAUAUCCAUUAAUAGACAGUUGAAACAGUGAAGAGAUUGUCUUUUUCAAUUCCUUAAGGACAGGUGGCAGGGUAUUUGAUUUUAACUAAACUUGUUAGGAAGGUAUAAUCCUGAGGGACAAAGGAAGCAAGAAAUGCUUUAAGUGAAGAAAAUUAUGUUUAAGUGACUUAUAUUUAUGAAUCAGUGGAUGGAUCUUCACCUAACUUGAUCUGUAGCAUUUUUGUAUAGACCUCUAUCUAUUGUGCAUCUAGAAUCCUUGGAUUGACCUCUUGGGUUUGUAUGUCAGGGCUAACACAAAAUAGACUUUUUAACUUCCUAUUUUUAUAAACAGGUUGAUGGAUCACCAAACUUGGCAUGUUGCAUUUUUACAUGAUCCACUGAUAAUUGUUCAUUAUCAUUGUUAGGGACCACUGGAGCUAAAAAUAGAAAUAAAACAAUAUAAAAGCU